AUGAGCUCACAACCGUCUUUCGUAACAAUAAGGGGAAAGGCCAUCUCUCUAGAGACCCAAACAGAGUCCUUUCUCUCCAAGUACUCCACUUUCGCGCAGACAACUAGUUCAGAACAAACUGGGCAAGAGAAGAAGAUAGACAAGCAAUUGGAGGAGAUCUUGAGCCAGAGACAGGACGUAAUCGAUUCGCUUACACAAAUCUGCGAUUCGAACCCGGCAAUUUCUGCCUCAAAGCUUUCGCAACUGCAGCGCCACAAGGAGAUUUUGCAAGACCACUGGAAAAGCUUUCGCAAUAUCAGGUCCUCCAUCCAGCAAGAACGCAACAGGCUCAACCUGCUGUUCAGCGUGAAGAAUGAUAUCGCCAACUCCACGACGGAUGCGCCAGCCCCUAUAGGAGACGCUGACGAGUACAUUCAGGACGAAACAAGGCGGAUCGACCAAUCCAAUAACGUUGUUGAUCGUCUUAUCUCCCAGGCCUGGGAGACUCGCUCACAGUUUCACUCGCAGAGCAAUGUCUUGAACACAGCAAACAACAAGGUGCUGCAAACUUUACAAAGAAUACCGGGCGUCAAUCAGCUCAUUAUGAAGAUUAACACGAGGAGGAAAAAGAACGCGUUUGUAUUGGCCACUAUAACUACCCUUUGUAUACUGUUUCUGUUUUUCACAUGGUAA